CCUCUCCUCCCCAGUCAUCUCCCCUUCUCCCAAAAACCCCCCCGAAGCCCUAAACCCUAAACCCUAACCCUAAUCCACAUGCCGAUCCUCUCAUCAAACCAAUAACAAAAACAUCCAGCGAUCCGAAAUCUCUCCACCAUGGGGGGAGUCACGUCAUCAAUGGCCGCCAAGUUCGCCUUCUUCCCGCCAAAUCCACCGUCGUAUACCCUGGAAGAGUCCGAAUCGGAGGAGGGGAAGCUGAGGAUGAGUGGAGUGCCGAGGAGAGAGGGAGUGGAGGUGACGAGGGUGAAGACGAGAAGAGGGAACGAGAUCGUGGCGAUGUUCAUCAAAAACCUUAAUUUGGCGACCAAAGAGGUGGAAGGAGCUGGCUUGACUGUUCUUUACUCUCAUGGGAACGCCGCGGACCUUGGCCAGAUGUAUGAGCUAUUUGUCGAGCUUAGCGUUCAUCUCCGAGUUAAUCUCAUGGCGUAUGAUUACUCUGGCUAUGGACAGUCAUCUGGAAAGCCAAGCGAGCAAAAUACUUAUGCUGAUAUAGAAGCAGCAUACAGAUGCCUGGUAGACACUUAUGGAAUCUGCCCUGAGGAUAUUAUUCUGUAUGGUCAGUCCGUUGGAAGUGGACCCACAUUGGACUUAGCUGUUCGUUUAUCUCAUUUAAGAGCUGUUGUUCUACAUAGUCCUAUUCUAUCUGGCCUGCGUGUUAUGUAUCCUGUAAAGAAUACAUAUUGGUUUGACAUAUACAAGAACAUUGAUAAAAUACCACUUGUCAACUGUCCUGUUCUAGUAAUUCAUGGAACUGCAGAUGAUGUUGUGGAUUGCUCCCACGGGAAGCAGCUUUGGGAGCUCUGUAAAGAAAAAUAUGAGCCUCUAUGGAUUAAUGGAGGGAACCAUUGUAACUUGGAACUCUUUCCAGACUACAUAAGACACUUAAAAAAAUUUGUCUCUACCGUUGAAAAGUCACAAACCACUAAAGCUGAAUCAAGCGAGAGCUUGAAACUCUCUGAUGCUCCUAGAACAAGUUCUUCUGACAUUUUAGUGUUCCCCAGGAAAAGUACUGACCAGAAGCAGAAAUCUAGGUCAAGCACUGAUCGCAAAGAGAAGCCAAGGAAAAGCUCUGAUAGAAAAGAGAAACCAAGAAACAGCAUCGAGAAGAAAGAGAAAUCAAGGACAAGUGUUGAUAGUUCCGAUAAGGGAAAUGAUGGCGAGGAUCAACGACUACCAGACAAACCAAGAAAAAGUAUUGACCGCUUGAUUAGGUCAGUUGGACUAUGCAACAUCGACUGUCUCAAGGACCCCUCUUCAUCUGGUGCAUGAGGUUGUAUCUAUUUUAUCCUCCCUCCUUCUUUCCUUCCCCCUCUUUUUCUCUAAUUGAUUUGAUCUGAUGAGUUAUUGAUGGUGAUAAUGAGCACAUCUUCUCGUGCUCUAUUUAUAGAAAAGGUUUGGUGAUGUUAAUUUUAUCAUCAAAUUGUGAAAUAUAUACUUCUUUGCAAAUUGACAAUUUUUUUGGUCUUUGGUCAUUUGUAGUUAUUGCGAACGUUUGGUGUUAUAUUUGGAUGAGUGUGACAAUCAGCAAUACAUUCUUCUAAUGAUUCUUGAAACACUUUGUUAUAUACUAAGAUUCUGCUUGUCUUAUAGAUUUUUUUUUAAGUUCUA